AUGACUUGGGAAGACGUCGUUAGCAAGUUUCACCACAGGCCUCACAGCCCGGCCGUUCAGGAUAUUGCCCCCUCGCUUCCCGCCGGCCGGCCUCUCAGCCCCGCAACGAGCCUCAGCACGGCUCAGCCCGUCUUCACUCACGAUCCUCAAGAGAUGGACGUUGAUGCUGGCUCUGCGCCUAACCACCAUCAUCAGCCUGGCCGACCCCCCCUGAGUGAGGCCCGUAUCCGCACCCCUCUACCCACUGGCCCUAGACUAGAAAAGUCACUAUCCUUGCCGGGCAUUGAGAGUCUCAAAAACGACAUGCAAAAUAACGCUGCGCGCAUGCUCUCUGCCACUACUCGUGGCCGGUACAACUCGGUCCAGGCUCUUUUAUUAUUCUGGCAAGAUGAUGAUGAUGCGCUAUUGGUCCAGAAUGCGGUCAGAGAACUCGCUGACGUCUUUGACAAGUACUAUCAUUAUACGUUUCAAAUCCAGGUUAUCCCUUCCUCUUCAGAGAGCUGUAAAAGCUCCUGGAGAUGGCUGUCGCGAAAACUCAACGACUUUGCUGAGGAGCGCGAUCAGCGUGAUGUUUUGAAGAUUGUCUACUACAUAGGCCACACUUAUCUUGAUGGAAAUCGCGACAUGGUUUUGGCAAGCUCGAAAGAUCCUGAGAGAGCCUCGACUAUUCGUUGGAGCGGUAUGCAGCAGAUUCUCGAGGAGGCGUGCGCGGACACCCUAAUCAUUAUGGAUGCCGCGUAUUUCCCUCCAUCUAGAAUCGUAAGGCAGCAAGGCGUAUUAGAAAUCAUCGCGGCGUCCCUAUCAGAAGACCAUCUCACCGCUCUGGAUCGGUGCGCCUUUACUAGGGCUCUCGCUGACCAGCUACGUACGCGCGCAGCGCGCCAGACGCCGCUUUCUGUAGUCGAACUGCACUCAAUUCUUCUGGCCCUUUACCCUAAGCUGGCCCGGGAUCGGACACCUGAGAGAGAAAUCAUAAUGAGCUUUCCCGCCCCACUGCACACCAUGAUGUCCGGAAAUUCGAGGCUGCCUUCGAUAUUUCUCUCGCCCGUUCAACAGAGCAGCCCUCUACGGAGCAGCUUUUCUUAUGAAAACAGCCCACAACUACACUUGGCUAUCAAACUAAACGACGACAACAUCGACAUUGACAGCUGGAACGAAUGGCUGCGGAUGAUGCCGGAAGGAAUCAAGGACAUCAAGAUUGAUGGUCCGUUUCGGACGACUUUCAGGUAG